AUUUCAGUCAAAAAGAAAUCGUCAUCGCAUCGGCUUCGGCAGUGAGCCACGUUCAAGAGACUACUCCAUCAAAGACUCCAACAUCCAAGCCGAUUGAAGACCGACCGAAGUGCAGCAACAUUUUCCCGGUCAACGCCGCAUUCAGUUCUCGAAAUAAUAAAAUUUCUUUUUAAAUUUGUAUUGAUUCGAUUGUUCAGUGUUCAGUCGGAUUCGAUACCUCGUUAAAGUUUGUCACAUCGCGUCGUCGUCGUUGUCUUCUGGAGAACCGCGAAGUAAGCAGUCAAUUCCUAAAGAUCUCAAUCUUUAAAGUGAAAUACAUACCUAUAAAAAGUUGCAAAACAUAACAAAAAUAAAACGGAUAAACCUUGAGAUUUUGCCAACGCGAUAGUUUUCUUUUUUGUAUUCCUAUUUGAUCCGCACGCCGAAUUUGUGUUUUUCUGUACUUGUAGUUCGUCUAUCGUCUCAUUUGGUUCCCUUAUCUAUAUUUGUCAAUUCUCGGCAAUGCAAAUGCAAUAGAAUUCGGAAAAUUCGAUAAAGAAACGGGCGCAACUACAUAAUAACUAUAUUUUUUGUUGUUGUUAUCUGUAAGUUUGGUGCACUGUUUGCUGCAACUGCAACUACAACUGCAAGGGAAAAGUAUUCUCUCUCAUCUGAUCCAUUUAGUAGAUUUAGUUGUUGUUUUGUUUUAUUUUUCCUUUGGGACGCUUGAGGCGUCUCUUGUUCGUUCGUCAUCGUCGUUUCCUCCGAUCCAAUUCUGAUUCGGAUUCGAGUGUGUGUUGUCGUAGUUUUUAUAUAGUAGUUAGUUGCUGACGUAGUCGCGAUUUUUGUGUGCAAUAAUUAAACGUGAAUGUCGACUUCAGGGAACAGCAGACCUCAUCAUCAAGGAUACGAUCCCCUCUCAACAAUGGAUAACGCAUCGGUAGCAACAGCAGCUUCCGAUGACAGCGUCGGGGGCAUUCCAUCGGCUUAUUCUUCACAAAAAUUGAUGCCAACGGAUAGUAAUAGCAACAGCUCAGAGGAGAAUAUGGAACAACCGGCCAGAAUUCCGGCGAUUCGAUCCACUAUCAGCUACAAGGAGUGGUUCACAGUUGGUGUUUUAUGCUUUGUAAAUUUAAUAAAUUACAUGGAUCGUUUCACGAUAGCAGGUGUGCUCACAGACAUACAAUCGGACUUCAAAAUCGGUGACGAUGAUGGAGGCCUAUUGCAAACUGCUUUUGUCCUUUCCUACAUGAUCUGCGCACCGAUCUUUGGAUACCUUGGGGAUCGGUAUUCGAGAAAAUGGAUUAUGGCAGUUGGUGUAUUGCUUUGGAGUACAACAACAAUUCUGGGAUCGUUUAUGAAUAAUUUCGGAUGGUUUAUCACAUUUCGGGCGUUGGUUGGCAUCGGUGAAGCGUCCUAUAGUACGAUUGCGCCAACAUUGAUAUCUGAUUUGUUUGUAAAUGAAUGGCGUUCCAAAAUGCUUGUAUUGUUUUAUUUUGCUAUUCCAGUUGGAUCUGGACUUGGUUACAUUGUUGGUGCUGAAACAGCUGCCUUUGCUGGAUCAUGGCGAUGGGCCUUACGUGUCACUCCAUUCCUCGGAAUCAUCGCUGUUGUGCUAUUAUUCCUCAUCGUUGAACCCGAACGUGGUGAAAGUGAAGGAUCGCACAAUCUCGAGCCUACAACUUACACAGAAGAUAUCAAAGAUCUAGUCAAAAAUCGUUCUUUUAUGCUGUCAACAAUUGGUUUCACUUGUGUUACUUUUGUUGCUGGUGCUCUAGCAUGGUGGGGUCCUAAAUAUAUUUAUCUAGGACUUCGUAUGCAACCUGGAAACGAAGGACUAACACAAAAAGACGUUUCGUACCAGUUCGGUCUAAUAGCAAUGACAGCCGGAAUAGGUGGUGUACCUCUGGGAUCAUUUCUAUCGCAACGUUUUCGAGCAACUAUACCAAACUGUGAUCCCUAUAUAUGUGCCUGUGGAUUACUGCUGUCAUCGCCAAUGGUUUAUUUAGCACUUAUUUUACCAAGGACCAGCUCAUUCUUCUGCUAUUUGUUUGUAUGGCUUGCACAAAUUACUCUGAACAUAACAUGGUCCAUUGUUGCCGAUAUACUAUUGUAUGUUGUGGUGCCAACAAGACGAUCGACUGCGGAAGCAUUCCAAAUUCUUAUCUCCCAUGCAUUCGGAGAUGCUGGAAGCCCAUAUCUAGUCGGUGUGUUAUCUGAAGCAAUUAAGAAACACUUGAGAAAUUCUGCACACACAACGAGUGAAUUUGUUAGCAAUGGAUUGGAGAGUUUGUCACUUUCUCUAGAAAAUGCAACAACAACAGAAAUUGCAACACUAGCAAAUCCUCUUCCUCUGAUUGGAGAUGAGGAUACAAAUCUUACAAAAUUCGAAGCACUACAGUAUGCGUUGUUUUCUACAAGUUUUGUAGAAGUUAUUGGUGGCAUUUUCUUCCUAUUAACAGCUGCUUUUAUCAUUAAGGACAAAACGAAAGCUAGUCAGGCUGUUAGGGAAAGCCAAAUCGCAGCACAAAGCCAAAUGCCCAUCAAUAUUGAACAGAUAUCAUAAGUUACUCCGAUCCAUCCUAAAUUAAUUUAAGAUGCAUAAAAACGUGCCUAUGCAUAUAUGUAAACAACUCUUAUAUGCAUCUAAAAACUAAAUCGUAGGUUAGAAGUUAUACAAAAUACACUCUCUUACUAUAUCUUUAACUCAUUCUAAAUUAGUAGCGUGAGAUUUUCCUUAGUCACGAUAUCAAAAUACCUUAAUUAUUUUGACUUACUAUUGUAUUUUACGGCUGCGUUCUAAUAUUAAUAUUAUAAUAAUUUAAGGCUAAACAGAAACAGAAAAAAAACGCAUAAACAUUUUGUAAAUAUGGUUCAUAAAGAAAUCAUUUGAAUAUAAUUUAAGUUAAGACCAUCUUGUUUGUGGGAGAUUUAAUAACUAAUAAUAAUAAUAUAACGGGAUAUGUUGCUCAAUAAAAAAUAAUAAUUAUUCCAAUCUGAAUAGAUUAACUUAGUGCAUAUAAAUUGUUCUUGGGUAUAUUGCACAUAAUAAAAUAUUUUAUUUUCCUUUUUAGUUAGGAUUCAAAUUAAUAAAUGUUAAGAAUUUUUUUAGAGCUAUAUAAAAAGACAAAAUUAUAUAAAUGCUGCCACUGCAAGUAUGAAUUAUAUACAUAUAAAUAAAUUAAAUGAAAUAAAAUAAAACUAUGAUUGUUGCAUUGAUACAAAAUUGAACAUCCUCUUUAUAAAACCUAUGGGUAAUAAAAUAGGCAUUGGAAAAGACUGUUGGUAAUAAUAUUAAUUAUCAUUAUGGAUUAAACUUACUAAUAACUGUAUUUAUUUUUCUUAAUUAAUAAAUUAAAAGAUAAUAGGGGGCUUGAGUUAUUUUGUUUUAUUUGAUUUUUUUUUUUAAUUUGGGUGUCAAUAAAUUGACUCCAAUUCGUGUUAUUUUUCGUAUACAGCCCCCUUAGUUUUCGGAAUUUGUUAGUCAAAAUAGAAAAAAACUGUAAUUAGAUUUGUAAAUACUUUACAUAUUAUUAGUUUUUUUUGUCUUAACAAUUUUUAAGAUGUUAAGUUAUCAAAAAAUAAAAAAAUUGCAACAAUAAA